AUGGGAAUUACUUGUUCGAAUAAAUAGCGUGUGAUAAAGGAAAUAGAUAAGAUAGAUAGGUGUAUCAUGUUAUUUAAAUAUAAGCAAUAUUGAGCCACUAAAAUGCUAAAACAUCCAAUAAGAUACAAAUUAAGAAGAAUAUGAGUGUAAAUUUUGGAACAGGAAAAAAAAUUAAUGGCAACGAAAAAUUAUAUAAAUCGAAUUUACAAAAGUUGAUGAUGUUAUUGAAGUUAAGUAUCUUUUAGAUGGAUAAAUUAUAAGAAGGUAAAUAUUUUUCUACAAAAAAUACAUAGAGAAGAAUAAAAAGAUAUUAGUGUGAAGCCUCAAGUCUUAAUUAAUUUAGAACAAAUCUAUUAUCUUGAAUGGCUUGGAAAAUAUUAAGAGAAUUUUAAGAAGAUGGGAAAAUGGACAGCUAUUUGGAAGGGAGAAAAAAUUACAGAAGUGGGUGGGUAUUACUCUAAUGAGGGAAAAAAGAAUGGUAUUUGGAAUGACAUCAUAAAAAAUUAUGGAGAGUAAAAUAAUUUAUAUUUUGAAUUAAUAGACUGAGUCCUGUUUUUGAAAUCGGAGAAUACAAAGAUAAUUAAAAAAUAGGAUAAUGGAUAUAUGUUUUUGAGGGGAUGAAUAUGUAAAUUUUUCUUAAAUUUUACAGCGGUGGUGGAAAUUACAGCUAGUACAGUAAAAAGGAAGGAAAAUGGAUUGAUUUGAGUGAUUAUUUUUGCAAGUAUUUUUGGAUUAAUUAUUAGUUAGUGUAAGGUAACAUAUAAUGGAGAAUAUAAAAAUGGUAAAAAAGUUGGUAGAUGGGAUAUUUAUUACGACAACAACGAUGGUGAACUUUAUUAAUUGAUGUAUUAUUACAUUAAUAAAUAAAAAACAAUUCAAGUGGUGGAGGAUUUUAUGAAGAUUAAAUAGAAGGAGAUUNAUCAAUUUUUUCAAACUUUUCUAUUUAAAUAGACAAACUUGAAUAAUUAGAUUAAAUUACGAAUUAUUUAAAUACCCAACUUAGAAUUAGUACAAAUGAGCAAAAGUUUCUCAAUUUCAAUUUUCUUCUUUAAUCUUUUUAUGACUUUCAAAGAAUUAUAAAUUAAUUCAUCAUCUUUUUAAAUUACAAUUUUAUUCAUAUGCAUAGUUGGCUACUGA